UCCCCCCCUCCGCCCACUCAGCACGAGCAUUACAAAGUCUACACGUUAUCAGCUAUUUCGUGUAGUUUUCUCCCCGGUGAGUUUCCGUCCUCUCCGUGGCGAGUUGGUCUCGCUCAAUUUUUCCAAUCGAUCGAGAUCGUUUAACGUCAAUAACAAACGUGAAUUCCACUAGAUUUUCCCAGUGCAAGCGACAUUAAACUCUCGCGUCAGUGUUUCCCUUUUGGCAGCGAGCAGAGCGAUUGCAAGUCGCUUAUCUCUCGGCUGAGAAACUCUCCAUAUUUAUCGACGGUAGACAGAAUGUUUCUGGCGCGUUGCAUCGCCGUUUCGCGGCCACUCGCGAAUCGCGUCGGCAAAAUCGGCGCGUGCCGCGCGUCGAGCUAUUACAAGAUCGACGAGAACGUCUUCGGGUUGAGCGACGACCAGAGAGAGCUUCGCUCGCUCAUUUUUAAUUUCGCGCAAAAGGAGUUGGCACCCAAGGCCGCCGAGAUUGACAGGAAAAACAAUUUCGACGAGUUGAGGGCGUUUUGGAAGGAACUUGGUAAACUCGGCCUGUUGGGUCCGACGGUGAAGCCGGAGUAUGGUGGCACAGGCGGCACGUAUCUGGACAAUAUCGUUAUCAUGGAGGAAAUUAGCAGAGCUUCGGCUGCCAUCGGGCUCAGCUACGGCGCACAUUCGAAUCUCUGCGUCAAUCAGCUCCAUCGAAAUGGCACGGAGGAACAGAAGCGCAAGUACUUGCCUAAACUGUGCAACGGCGAGCACAUGGGCGCGUUGGCGAUGUCGGAGCCGGGCUCUGGGUCCGACGUCGUCUCCAUGAAGCUGAGGGCCGAGAGAAAGGGUGACUACUACGUGCUAAACGGCAACAAAUUCUGGAUUACCAACGGCCCGGACGCGGACACGCUGAUCGUUUACGCGAGGACGGAUCCGAACGCGGAUAAGCCGCAGCACGGUAUCACCGCCUUCAUCGUCGAGCGCGGCACGGAGGGCUUCAGCACGGCGCAGAAGCUGGACAAGCUUGGGAUGCGCGGCUCAAACACCGGUGAACUUGUCUUCGAGGACUGCAAAGUACCGGCCGCGAACGUUUUAGGGGAAGUUAACAAAGGCAUUUACGUGCUCUUUAGCGGACUGGAUUUGGAGCGAUUAGUAUUAACUGGUGGGCCGUUGGGAAUUUUGCAAGCCUGUUGCGACGUCGCCUUCGAAUACGCUCAUUCGAGACAGCAAUUCAACCAGCACCUCGCGGAGUUUCAGUUCAUACAGGGAAAGAUAUCGGACAUGUACACGACUCUGAGUGCGAGCAGGAGCUACUUGUACUCUGUCGCGCGGGCCUGCGACGCCGGCCACGUAAAUCGCAAGGAUUGCGCCGCGGUGCUCCUCUUCACCGCCGAGAACGCCAUGAAAGCAGCGUCGGACGCCAUACAGAUACUUGGUGGCAACGGAUACAUCAAUGAUUACCCAACGGGGAGGCUGCUGCGCGAUGCGAAGCUGUAUGAAAUUGGCGCGGGUACCAAUGAGAUACGACGUAUGGUCAUCAGUCGGGCAAUCACCGAGGAAUAUCUGUGAAACAACGAGUUCUUCGUGGGACAUGUUAUUCAAAUUCUGAAUAAUAUUCGUAACGGAACAUUCUCUCGGAUAUUAAAGUAUACUGUAUUUUUUUAUCUCUUAAUUUUAGAUUGUUUUUUUUUAUCGUUUUGAACUCUAUUUUAUCGCAAGAGCAAGUUUUUAUACACAUUAAAUAUGUUUUUAUACACGAUAAGGGAUGCUAUUGUCAUCGGUUCUCGUGUACUCGCGGAUGGACCAGAA